GUUCGUUUCUCUGCAUACCAACCAAACAUCCGGGAAAUCGCAGAAACCCAACUAAAAACCCCGUAAAACCACAGGGAAACCUCACACCGUCACACGUCUUCCUCCGUCCAGCUCCAGCCUGUCUCCGGUCCCCCGUCUCUUAAACUCCGCAUCACCCCCUUCCAAUCUCGUCUUCCCCACACGGCCACACCCGUACCCAUCAAAUUCCCUUCCGCUCGAUUCUCCGAGAGGGGGAGGGUAGCUGAAGGACAUCCCGGGGACGCAAUGCGCGUCCUCGCCGUGGUCCUCCUCGCCGCAGCGUGCGCGGCGGCGGCCGGAGGCGGCGGGGAGCUUCCGGAGUUCCGCGAGGCUCCGGCGUUCCGCAACGGCGCGGCCUGCGCGGGCGCGCCGACGAUCCACAUCGCGAUGACGCUGGACGCCACCUACCUGCGGGGCUCCCUCGCGGGCGUCCUCUCCGUGCUCCGCCACGCCGCCUGCCCGGAGUCCAUCGCCUUCCACUUCGUCGCCUCCUCGGCCUCCCCGGCGCGCCGCCUCGACUCGCUCCGCCGCGCGCUGGCGGCCGCCUUCCCCACGCUCCCGGCCACCGUGCACCGCUUCGACGCACGCCUCGUCCGGGGCAAGAUCUCAUCCUCCGUCCGGCGCGCGCUCGACCAGCCCCUCAACUACGCCCGCAUCUACCUCGCGGACCUCCUGCCGCGCUCCGUCUCCCGCGUCCUCUACCUCGACUCCGACCUCCUCGUGGUCGACGACGUCGCCCGUCUCUGGGCCACCGACCUCGGCCCCGACGCCGCCCUCGCCGCCCCCGAGUACUGCCACGCCAACUUCACCUCCUAUUUCACCGACACGUUCUGGCGCCACCCCGAGUACGCCGCCGUAUUCGCCAACCGGACGCGCGUCCCCUGCUACUUCAACACCGGGGUCAUGGUCAUCGACCUGGACAGGUGGCGCUCCGGCGGGUACACUGCGAAGCUGGAGUACUGGAUGGAGGUGCAGAAGCAGGAGGCCAGGAUUUACGAGCUGGGCUCCCUCCCGCCGUUCCUCCUGGUGUUUGCCGGCGAGGUGAAGGCCGUGGAGCACCGGUGGAACCAGCACGGGCUCGGCGGCGACAACGUGGCCGGGCAGUGCCGGGAGCUGCACCCCGGUCCGGUCAGCUUGCUGCACUGGAGCGGGAAGGGGAAGCCGUGGCUGCGGCUGGACGCCGGCCGGCCGUGCCCGCUCGACGCGCUCUGGGCACCCUACGACCUCCUUCGCCACCGCGGCGCCCGGGACGACCUCCUCGCCGCCGUCGCCUGACAAUGCUGGCCCCACAUCGCUGGAGCGCGAUCGAUUUGUUCGCGUCCGAUCGGAUCAUAUGCCACGGCGCUUGGCUGCUCCGCCUCCGCUCGCUUCGCCCCUCCCACGGGUGGGUGUCGGCGUCGGGGCGCCGAGUCAAUGACACGUUAGACCCACCUGGACACUCCGGGUGGGUCCCUGAUCAGUCCAUGCUGUCAGUCGUAACGGCGUUGGUUCGAGUGGCCCUGUCGGUACUGAAAUUCGUCGGGCCCACACGUUGGUGGCGGAUGGGGAUUUUGGGGUGGGGGCCGAGGUGAAAUGCAGACAUGGCUGUGUACAGCUGUUGUUUUGUUUUUUGGCCUGUUGGGACAAUAGUAGAUCUAUAGAUUCUAUUCUUUAUUUUGUUCUUGUUAUAAAUUCUUGAAUCUACUUCCAUAUAAUAGGCAAGCCACAGGUUUAUCACCAUGGAAUAAAACUGGGUAUAUUUGGAAUUAUUAGGGUUAUAUAUUUGUAUAUGAUCGUCAGAGGUUAGGGCUAGCAGGUGGAGUUGUUCUUGGGAAAUGCCGCUUGGUGUAGUUUUUAUUAUUAUUUUUGUACGAAUGCAAGGCUGCUAUUUUUAAUUCGUUGAUCGCAGUGCACAGCUAGCCAGAUUUGAGA